AUGGAGCCGAGUUCUGGGCAACCUCUUGCUCCUAAGCCGUCGAUGAGGAAGAAGAAGAUGGCGCGGAAGGAAAAGGCGCCAGCCAUCCCAGUCCCACACCCAUCCAACGAUCCCAACGACGAGUACGCCGUGGGGCGCACUGACUACAACAUGGAGGAAUACAUGAAGGUGGCUCAGUGUUGGGUCGAUAUAUCGGAGGAUCCGAUAAACUCCAACAACCAGACGUCGGGCAAGAUGUGGGAUCGCAUUGAGGCCAGAUACAACUCAGUGAAGCCGAGUUGGGCGUAUAAGUGGAGCAAGGAUCAGCUCCGCAAGUGUUGGGAUCGGAUCAAGCUCCAUGUCAACAACUUUAAGGAUAUUUACACGAAGUUCAGGGACAAAAGGGCCAGCGGUGAGAGCAUGGAGGAUGUCAUCCAAAAGUCGAUGGCCACUUACCAGUCGAAGUACGGGCAGUUCAAGUUCUACAACAUUUGGCUGAUCUUAAAGGACAAGCCGAAGUUCGACGGAGGGAUACCGGCCUUAUCCUUAGCUGCGAAGCGAACGAAGAACACCACCACUGGCGGUUAUACAAGCAGCGGCCCAUCGCCCGUGGAUCUCAAUGCUAAGCCGGAGGGGAGUUCCGGAACGCCUACGUCUACUUUUAGACGUCCCAUUAGCAACAAGACUGCCAAAGCCCAAGCCAAAGGGAAGGCGACCGCGUCUGGAUAG